GUAAACCAGGCUCUGGGGCCGGCCGGGUUAGGCGCUGUUAUCAUAAGGAAUGUUCCAACUUACAGCCGCCUCAGGCGAAAAUUGCUGCCCCUCGCGGAGCGGUUCGCGUCCUUGCCAGAAGAAGUGAAGGAGAAGUACGUCGACGCGGACAGCCGUUACAACUUCGGCUGGAGCCACGGCAAGGAAUCCCUAGCAUCCGGUGUCCUAGAUACCCUAAAGGGCUCCUUUUACGCGAACCCGCUUAACCUCAGCGAGGAUGAGGUAUCGCAGCUCCGGCGCACGUAUCCAGGUUACUUCCACAGGAACCUGUGGCCUAGAGAGGAGCUGCCAGAGCUGGAGGCAGCGUUUAAGGAUCUGGGUCGGCUGAUCUGCGCAGUGGGGUGCCUGCUGGCAGAGCACUGUGACAGGUACUGCGUGCUUGCAUGCGCACAUAGGGUAGCAGGGUACCAAGUCUUUUACGCGACCAUGAGAAGCAGUUUUCCUCGGGCGACACGGUCGACCCAGCAGCAGCAGCCGGCCAGUGCCAGUAGCCAGGCGGAGGCGGACGCAGAUGACGAGCAUGCGUGGUGCGGUCUGCACACUGAUCACGGCAGCCUGACAGGCCUGACGGCGGCAAUGUACCUGGACGAGCAAGGCCGCGAGGUGCCCUCACCCGAUCCCGACGCAGGGCUCUACAUCCGAGAUCGCAACGGUCGUUUCACCCGCGCGGUUAUCCCGCCCGAGUGCAUCGCUUUCCAGGUGGGUGAGGCCCUGCAGGUGCAUUCGGGCGGCCUGCUCAUGGCCACGCCCCACUACGUGCGGGCGCCACGGAGUCAUCUGGCGGGGGGCAUCAGCCGCAACACAUUUGCGGUGUUCAUGCAGCCGGACGUGGGGGAGCCCAUGGACUGUCCC